AUGGCUUUUCACGAUGGAGUCGAGGCAUCCCAUGUUUAUAUCAUAGGAGUGUGUAUUCUGAUCCUCAUCGGGACCAAAAUCUUGUAUAACAUAUAUCUGCAUCCUCUUGCCCGCUUCCCAGGCCCGAAGGCGUAUGCUAUUUCCUCCAUUCCCAUCGCCUGGGUCCAACUCAGUGGAAAGGCACAUCAUUCUAUCCAGGCAGCCCAUAGACGAUAUGGGCCCGUGGUUCGCAUCAGUCCUAAUGAGCUCUCCUUCAUCUCAUCCACCGCAUGGAGCGACAUCUACGCCCGCAACAAAGGCAACCCACCCUUGCCCCGGGAUCGGACAUUCUUCAACAAAAUGCUGGUCGAUCCUCAAACCUUGACCAUGGCCAGCGAUGUCGACCACACCCGUCUACGGCGGUCGAUGAAUCCAGCCUUCUCGGCACGGGCAUUUCGGGAACAGGAACCGAUCAUCCAGAAGAACGUCGAUUUACUGAUGCAGCAGCUGGAGUCGCGUGCCGCGAAGGGCCUGAGUACGGAUAUGAGAACAUGGUAUAACUACACAACAUUCGAUCUAAUUGGGGACCUCGCCUUCGGAGAAUCUUUUGGUUGUCUGGCGACAUCUGCGUACCAUGAAUGGGUGGAAUUUGUGUUGAGUCACUUUUACACAUCAACCCUCCUUCAAGUCGCGCACCGAUUCCGUCCCUUCAACCGAAUCCUAGUCGCAUUACUACCCGCGUCUAUGAUGGAAAGAAGAGUGAAGCAUGAUGAGAUGACACUGAAGAAGGUGCGACGUCGUCUGGACUCCAAAGCAGAACGACAGGACUUUAUCUCCCAGAUGCUGGAUUCGGUAGAUAGUGGUUCAAUGUCGAUCCAGGAGCUCGAAAAACAAGCCAGUAUCCUGAUUCUGGCGGGCAGCGAGACCACAUCCGUCGCCCUUACUUUCGCAACAUACUAUUUGUUGCACAACAAUUCAUGCCUUGUCAAACUAACCGAUGAAAUCCGCCAAUCGUUCCAGAAGGAAAGCGAGAUCGACCUUCUCUCGGUGAAUCGAUUGCAAUUCCUCCAAGCCGUGAUCCAAGAGGCUAUGCGGCUGCGCCCCCCAAUCGCCAAUGGAUUCCCUCGGGAAACGCCUGCUGGGGGCGCUACGGUGGAUGGGCAGUUUGUACCCGGUCAGACGACGGUAAACGUUCACCAUUGGAGCGCCUACCACUCCCCGCAAAAUUUUGCGCUUCCUGACGAAUUCAUCCCCGAGCGCUGGCUGGGCGAUGACCGCUGCGAGAACGAUGUCAAGACUGUAUUCAAUCCAUUCUCCGUUGGACCUCGGAACUGCAUUGGCCAGAGGUUCGCCUACGACAGUAUGAAGCUAAUUUUGGCGCGGAUGAUCUGGCGAUUUGAUAUGACACUCACAGACGAGAGUCAGCAAUGGCUGCACAAGCAACCGGCAUAUGUUUCAUGGCACCAACCUCCGUUGAUGGUGAAUCUGCGGGUGCAUGAGGUGUGA